AUGUCUCUCCGACUUUCCAGUGGAUCCAGGAGGAUUUGCUCCCGUCCCCCGGCGAGUUCCGUCAGGCUGUCCGCCAGCGGUGCGGGUUUCGGGGCCGGGAAUGGCUGUGGGGUCCCGGGCAUCGGGAGCGGCUUUUCUUGCGCUUUCGGGGGCGGCUCGUCCGGAGGGAACCUGGGAAGCGCUUCUUGCUCGGCCUUCAUCGGGAGCGAGGGCGGGCUCCUGUCCGGCAACGAGAAGGUGACCAUGCAGAACCUGAACGACCGCCUGGCCUCCUACCUGGACAACGUGCGGGCCCUGGAGGAGGCCAACGCCGAUCUGGAGCAGAAGAUCAAGGGUUGGUACGAGAAAUUUGGUCCCGGCUCUUGCCGGGGACUCGACCAUGACUACAGUAGGUAUUUCCCUAUCAUCGAGGACCUGAGGAAUCAGAUUAUCUCUUCCACCACUUUCAAUGCCAGUGCCGUGCUGCAGAUCGACAAUGCUAGACUCACGGCUGAUGACUUCAGAAUGAAGUUUGAAAAUGAGCUGGCUCUUCACCAGACCGUGGAGGCUGAUGUCAAUGGUCUGCGGCGAGUCCUGGAUGAGCUGACCCUGGGCAGGACAGACCUGGAGAUCCAAUAUGAGACCCUGAGCGAGGAGCUGACCUACCUCAAGAAGAAUCAUGAGGAGGAAAUGAAAGCUCUCCAGUGUGCCGCCGGUGGGAAUGUGAAUGUGGAAAUGAACGCAGCCCCGGGGGUCGACCUGACCGUCCUCCUCAACAACAUGAGGGCCGAGUAUGAAGAUUUAGCUGAGCAGAACCGCAGGGAUGCUGAAGCCUGGUUCAACGAGAAGAGUGCAUCGCUGCAGCAGCAGAUCUCGGAAGACGUUGGGGCCACCACUUCGGCCAGGAACGAGCUCACGGAGAUGAAACGCACCCUCCAGACCCUGGAGAUCGAGCUCCAGUCCCUUCUGGCCACGAAACAUUCACUGGAAUGCUCCUUGACAGAAACGGAGGGCAAUUACUGCGUCCAGCUCUCCCAAAUCCAGGCUCAGAUCGGGGCCCUGGAGGAACAGCUGCAACAGGUCAGAAUGGAAACCGAGGGCCAGAAACUGGAGUACGAGCAGCUGCUGGACAUCAAGGUCUACCUCGAGAAAGAGAUCGAGACCUACUGUCGCCUGAUUGAUGGAGAGGAUGGUGCCUGUAAGUCUGGAAGUUUCAAGUCUACAGGUUAUGCAUCUGGUGUUCUGGCAAGUCAAAUCAAAGAGCCUUCCAAAACUCUCAUGGUUAAAAGGGUUCUUGAGGAGGUGGACCAGCGCAGUAAAGUUCUUACAACCCGGCUCCACUCACUGGAAGAGAAGUCCUAA